GGGUCUUGUCCCCCUCUCUAUAAAUGAAUAAAAUUUAAAAUCCCUCUCUCCCUAUUUUUAGGGAUUUAGCAUCGUCGUUCAAUGGCUACCAGAUUCCUCAUUUCGCGACCUGGAACAGUAUCUUCCUCUCGGUUUUUGCUCUCUAAUCGUCUCUCUAGUUUCCUCGAUAGCUUCACUUCCCGAGAAUCGAAUUCCUCCAAGCCUUUCCUCAAAACGUUUUCCUCUGUACCGAGCUCAGGGAUUGAGCAAGAUGUCGCAGCUUCUCUUAACCAAGAUACUCGCAUUCCCGCUACAGUUAUCACCGGAUUCCUCGGUUCUGGAAAGACAACUCUGUUAAAUCAUAUUUUGACUUCAAAUCAUGGGAAACGUAUAGCAGUCAUAGAAAAUGAGUUUGGGGAAGUUGAUAUCGAUGGAUCUCUGGUUGCGAGCCACUCUUCUUCCUCUGAUGAUAUAAUCAUGGUGAACAAUGGUUGUUUGUGCUGUACUGUUCGUGGAGAUUUAGUCAAAAUGCUUCUUGACUUGGUUAAGAAUAAAAGAGACAAAUUUGACCACAUUGUCAUCGAAACUACAGGGCUUGCGAAACCUGGUCCCGUUAUUGAAACGUUCAAUAGUGAUGAAUUGCUACCGAGAUAUAUCAAGUUAGAUGGCGUUGUUACACUUGUUGACUCUAAACACGCGAUGCGGCAUUUAAAUGAAGUGAAACCGAGAUUUGUUGUCAACGAGGCUGUUGAACAAAUUGCUUAUGCAGAUCGUAUAGUUUUGAAUAAGAUUGAUUUGGUAUCCGAGCCGUCCGAGUUGGAGCACUUAACUAAAAGAAUCAAGCAAAUUAACUGUAUGGCACCCAUCAAACACACCAAAUUCGGAGAUGUUGAUAUGGAUUUUGUCUUAGGGGUUGGAGGUUACGAUCUUGAGAGAAUUGAUUCAGAAGUCAAUGGAGAUGGCUUGAGUUGUGCAGAGGAUCAUGAUCAUCAUCACCAUCAAUGCAGUCAUGGAAAGCACAAAGAACAUCAACAUGAUCAUGUUCAUGACUCUGCUGUCACAAGUGUUAGCAUAGUUUCAGAAGGAAAACUUGAUCUUGAUGAGGUUGACGAUUGGUUAGAAAGAUUAAUCGAAGAAAAAGGCGAUGAUUUAUACAGAAUGAAAGGUGUUCUCUCGAUCGAUAGCUCUGAUCAACGCUACAUUUUUCAGGGAGUCCAUUCGAUGUUAGACGGAUGUCCAGGAAAAUCAUGGGGACCCGAAGAGAAGCGGAUAAACAAACUUGUGUUUAUUGGAAGAAACUUAGAUGAGACCAUUCUCAGGAAAGGCUUCAAAGGUUGUCUAAUAUAAGAACUCGGAAACAGGCCGGUCAUGUUUUGUGUGUGUAUUUGGGUCUUAUAAGAAAGGAGUGAUUGCAUGAGAAAAAUAUGACGUGAAUUAUUUGGGAUGUGUGCCAUUCGUUAGAGAUUGGUGAUGUGGUGGAUAAUGCUAAUUUGGAUCUUUCAGGUCAAAAGCUAACAUGUGCCCGGCUUUUAAGUUCUAUGGACAAAAGUAUUAUUGCCCCA